AUGAAACUACUCAGCCGAGCCCGUUCCCAAAAGAUUGCCUUUCUCUCAGCGAGCAAAGAGCGCUCUUCAGAUACAGAACCCGAGGAAGCAUCCUCAUCUUCAUCGAGUUAUGGCGAGGAGAGAGAGCUGUGCCACGCACAGGUAAGAGAAUUCUGCCGAAAGGAGGGAAUCACUCUUUCCAGACAGCAAAUGAUUCGGUUUGAACACUUCCAUUCAUUCAAUGCCAUCGCCACUCGCGAGGCGAUAAAGAAUAAGCAUGACGAUGCCUAUUUGAAGCUGCGAAUGGAAGGAGACCUAGUUUCUCAAUUUAAGAAGAAGAUGCUGUUCCCUUUGGAACUACGAACCAAGAAGGAGAAAGCACAAGUGCUCUACAUCCGACCUUCAAGAUACAUCCCUUCGCCAACUGGGAGCGACGCAUUCAUUGAAAACUUUUGUUAUGUAAUGAACGACAUGAGCCAAACAGAGGAGCAAUGCCAGAAAGGUCUUGCAAUCAUCGUCAAUCUGAUUGGCUACAGCAGUAAAAACAUUCACCGUGAGAACUCGAAGCGAGUAUUGCAACUUUUACAGGGAGAGAUGGUCCCAACCAAGGUUGCACUUGUCCUUUUUGUGGACGCUCCCAAGGUCUUUCGGCAAUUCUGGCAAAUGUUGAAGCCCCUUGUAUCCGAUGCAUUGUCUAAGAAAGUUCACUUUAUUACCAGUGAUACUAUCGGUAAAUACUUUGAUGAAGGGUACCAGGCCCAUCUACCACGCGACAUGGCCUCUGGGUGGGCUAGCUCGUCAGAAUUGGUGGAGGAUUACAUUGAUUUGAAGUUGUUUGAGGACAAUCAGAGCUAA